AUGGCCCAGCUUCCUGUCGCUCUCUACGGGCUCGAGGUCCCCGCCGGCGAGAUCCUCAUUCCCGCCAACCCCGACUUCCCUGCCACUUUCCGCAUCACCAUGGCCGCCAUUGAUCCCUCUGAGGCUCCCGAGGCCGAUGCUGAUGGCAACAUUCCUGCUGUCCCCCGCUCUACCCUUCGCCUCGUCAAGCAGCGCUUCGGUGACGACCUCGAGGCCGGCGAGGAUGACGAGAUCGAUGAGGACUACCUUCAGUCUCUCAUUGACGCCAACGGCGAUGACGACGAGUCGUCCGAUGACGAUGAUGAGCCUAACGGAGGUCCCAGCGACCCCUCCAAGUCCAAGAAGCAGAAGCAGGCUGAGGCCCUUAAGAAGCUGAUCGAGGCUGUCAACGAGGAGGAGUCUGACGAGGAGAUGGACGAUGCCAAGCCCAACGGAAAGUCUAGCAAGAAGGGCAAGGGCAAGGCCUCUGAUGAUGAGGAGGAUGACGAGGAGAGCGAUGACGACGAGGAGGGCCUUGACCUUGAGAACUUUGUCAUCUGCACUCUCGACACCGAGCGCAACUACCAGCAGCCCCUUGACAUCACCGUCCAGGAGGGUGAGAAGGUUUUCUUCGUCGUUUCUGGUACCCACACCGUCCACCUCACCGGUAACUACGUUAUCGACGAUGAGGAGGAGGAGGGAUCCGACGAGGACGAGGACGACGACGAGUACGACCUGUCCCCCGAUGAGCUCGAGUACGGCAUGCCCGAUGAGGACAGCGACGACCUUGACGACACCGAGGACCCGCGCGUCAUGGAAGUCGAUACCGACGAGGAGGAGGCCCCCAAGCUGGUCGAGACUGGCAAGAAGGGCAAGAAGCGCGCUGCCGAGAGCCUCGACGACCUGAUCAAGGCCGACGACGAGACCAAGACCUCCAAGAAGGACAAGAAGAAGCUCAAGAACAACAAGGGUGAGGCCGUCGCCGCCGAGGAGAAGACCACCCCCAAGUCCGACAAGAAGGUUCAGUUCGCCAAGAACCUCGAGCAGGGCCCUACCGGCUCCGCUGAGAAGGCCAAGCAGGCUGGCAAGCCCGCGGGUGGCGUCAAGGUCGUUCAGGGAGUCACCAUUGACGACCGCAAGCCUGGUACUGGCCGCGCUGUCAAGAACGGUGACAGCGUCAGCGUCCGCUACAUUGGCAAGCUCGACGACGGCAAGGUCUUCGAUGCCAACAAGAAGGGCAAGCCUUUCACCUUCAAGGCUGGCAAGGGCCAGGUCAUCAAGGGCUGGGACAUUGGUGUCAUCGGCAUGGCCAUCGGUGGUGAGCGUCGUCUUACCAUCCCCGCCAACCUCGCCUACGGCAACAAGAGCCUGCCCGGCAUUCCUGCCAAGAGCACCCUGACCUUCGACGUUAAGCUCCUUGAGAUCAAGUAA